AUGCUGAACGCCGGCGAUCUGGUGGGGGAAGGUGCACAGCGAUGGAGGAGCGAGCUACCGCUGACGGUGGAGAACCGGCCGAAUCUGUCUCAGGCGGCGGUCGAGGGCGACGUCAAGGCGAGGGCGGUGGAGAUGCGGACGCCGGACCUCAGCUACCGGAAAAAUACAAGGCUGAAAAAUUUCCGACGGGAUCGACGCUGUGGUGACGGUGUCAGUGUGGAGGCCGUCAUCGGCGAACAGAUGGCGGUGACAGAUGAGAUGGACGAACAUCGGCGCCUGUUGUUCCUGCUGGCCAUGCGGCGGCGACGGGUGGUGCGCCGGUGGGAGGACUUUACUGUUUAUGUGUGUGUAUUUCUGUGUGCAGAUGCCGACGGCCACCCGUUCGCUGCCGCCGGCGCCCGCUACCGACAGCCACCAUCUCGUUGUCUAUCCACCAUCCGCCAGCCGUACACUACCCGCCGCCAUCUCCUUCAGUCUGCAACUCGCCGUUCGCCACAAAACUCACGCCGUUGA